AUGGCCCCGUUCACCAUUGAAUUUGUAUAUACCCAGGUUUUCCGGGACGGUGAAGUAAUCACGGACAAUGAGCUUCUCAAGUCGAGUCACGCCUACUACGACAUCCCCGAUGCAUCCUUGGCAGAAUUUCAGGCCGACCUGUCUUUACUAUCAGGGUUAACUACCAACAGCAUGUACGUCACUUCUGAUUGUUCUGGGCUGGUCAUCGCGACCCACACUCACCCAGGAGAAGGUGAUCAACUGUACACUAGCGUCCCGUUAUUGGACGACCCAAAGCUUAAUAUCUACUGUUUAAUCGAUCAAACUGCGGAAGGUUGUGUGAAGACAUCUGGAUUUUUCCAAAGAUACAUUUCAGACGAUGGUGUGCAGAUUAUCGUCGAUGACGGCAGUAAAGAAUAUGAAAUGGCCGCGUAUGGUGCGUUUAUACCGUCACGAGUAUAUGGAAACGCAUCGUUCAAGAUACACGCUGGAGGGCACCCGAUCGUGGAGAAGGAAUGAAUCAUUUUAUAUUAAACUUUCAC